AGUAAGUACAGUAACUACUUCUGUGCUGCCCCACGCUCCGGGCCGCUCAGGGAGCAAGAAAGCAGCGCAAAUUCCGACCUUGGCUGUCAAAAUCAAGUGCGAGAUGGUUCGCGAGGCAGUCAGCCGAGGCUACUCCAGAAGAAAGAGAAGCCCCUCUCAAUUUGCCCUUCUCCUCGUAACCCAACUUCACCAUUUUUGUGCAGUGUCACACCCGAUUCUACCCACCGUCCAUCUCCCCUAUGCUACCCUAGUUCACCGGCUGAUAACUUUCCACUCGCCGAGCCCGAUCGAAAGCGGCCGCGAUCGACACACGACUUGCGGAUAAUUCCCCGCAGCUCCCCUCCCCCCAAAUUCCUGAAAUGCGGGGAGUGGAUAUUGAUCCAUUCACCCGGGUCCGCACAUGGAAAAAUCGGAUUGGAAGAUCUUAUCUCACACGACU